CGGAGGGAGCGGAGCGCGGAGACGAUUCGAUGAAGUGGGGAUCAUUCUGUCCUACUCUGCAGGACCGGAGUGAACUCCUGUUAACUCUGCCUUCGUCAGGACUCUGAGCGGGAGAAAAUCUGCGUUUACGCUGCAAGUAAUUGACUUUGAUAGAUCGAACUGUGCGCUUGGACCCAAUAAAGGACAGAGCGGUUCUGAAUUAAGCGCUCGCCUCUGAGGAGUGAUCCGGAUCUUGUGGAGAGCGGAACCCAGGCAGCACCAGUUGGGGUCCCUGUCUGAUUUCUGCUGGGUCGAUGAGUUCCCUCGUGUACCCGGGACUGAAGGAGUGUGAAACGGUCGCCAUGCUGCACUACGGCGGUUCGGUGAUCCGGAGCAGGGUUCCCAGCGGCUCCAGUGGGCAGUUUAACGCGGGGCUGAUCACUUCUUCGUGCGGGGUGCAGAAGCAGCAGUUUACCUUGCACGGCCCGCAGCUGCUGGCCAGCUUCCAGCUGCAGAAGCUCAAUAGCCAGUACCACAGCUCGGCGCUGCAGCCCGCCCCGCUGUCCGGAGACGGCCAGACAGCGGGUGCUGCCCAGACCCCGGCACAGGCCAUCCCGGGAGCUCCAGCGCCGCAUGCCCCGGGCAUCAUCGACACGGAUCUCAUAGAUGAGGACGUGCUCAUGACCCUAGUGCUGGAACUGGGUUUGGAUCGAGUGGACGAGCUGCCUGAACUUUGGCUGGGACAUAAUGAAUUUGAUUUCACUUCAGAUGUGACUUCGGUCACCUGCUGACGGUGAGCCCGCCUGGAGACUGUCAGUGGACUGAACCGAUUCAAAUGCAAACACGCCGGUUGACAUCGGGCGAUUUGAGAACGUUUGCGACCGGUUUCCUACAUACAAACUGUGUUAACAGACUCCGACAAAGAGCUGGCCUUUGUGUUGCCCAGAGUUGCGUCUUCAUUCAGAUUUUCGCCUUUCCGCGGUGACCGAGAAACGGAAUGGAUACCGCACUGGAGAUGCUAUGACACAAAGCGAGUUGCGUUUUAAACACGAACCAAGAGGAAGCCCGGACACGGAGAAUCGACGGCCUUGAACGACGUGCCUUAAACAUAAAGUAUGGGUAUGGUUCUUGCUGGUUUAUUGAAAUGGAGAAAAACAGGACCUCGGGCUCUCCCUUAAAUAACAACAUCCAAACAUAUCCCAUUUACUGGAAACGACCCAGAUCCUCGACAUUUCUCCCCCACUCCCGCGGAUGCUGUUCUCUCGCCGAGUUCCUCAGACAGAUUGUUUGAUAUCCCUUUUGCUUUUUCAUGUCCCGUACGGCUUCGCGAGACAACUCCUUGGAGUUUCGUGGAGAGUUAUGGCUUGUUGAAUAGAUUUCUAAAAUUGGUGUGUUUCGUAGGGUUGGACUUCCUCGCAUAAAUCCACUUUGUCAUAUUCGAUUCCUUCCAAUUACGCACAAAUGGUAAUGUCGAUUUCAACUGGUUCUCUUACCUUGAGG